GUUGCCUUGGGCCACGGCCGCCAUGGGGAGGCUGAAAGAUGCCUUUACUUACCUUCAAGCAGGUUCCAAACCAAAAGCUUUGGAGAUUGCUCAAUCUGCUGAUUUGAGGCAGAUGAACGAACGGGGCCAAAGUCUUAUGUUUGCUGCGGCUGGCCGACCUCUCAACAAAGGUUCUGCUGAACUUCUUUGCCAAAUUCUUCAGAAACGUGGCCUGGCAGUUGAUGCUUUGGACGGCCACCACCAGACCGCACUCUUUGCAGCUGCGCGUGAAGGCAAUGAAAUUUGCGCCGAUUGGCUGAUUGCACAGGGGUGCGCAGUAGACCACGCUGAUUUCAGAGGAGAGACACCCCUUUGCAUUGCCUUCCGAAACUCACAGAUGGGAAUGGUCAUGAAGCUCUUGAAGCAUGGAGCUUCUUUGGGUGUGAAAGACAUGUAUGGAGGUCGUCAGCCAACAUUUUUUGCCGACCCUAUUUUCCGCAAAGCCUUUGCGGAGAAGCGCAAAGAACCACCUGAGACCACGAGCUCGCCAAAGAAGCGAAAGCGUGGACAAGCAGAGGAGGAACCCCUGUGGAAGCGGUUCAGAGGGGACUUAUCCUUGCGGUGCACAGGCCCCAAUGUGAUGACCCAAUGGGCAUAUCAAGAUGAGGUCGUUCCAGAUGAGACAAUUCCAGAGGAAAAAUGCAAAGAGAUCCUGGCAGAGAAUGAUGACUUCAUGGUCAUUGUUCCACCCCCAGAAGCAACAGCCAGGAUCCGUGUUCUGGAGCGGGAAUUUUCCUUGGAUCAUGCGGAUUGCCUGCGAGGGCACCCCAUGCACCUUGCCAUGGCACCUGAUGAGUGGGCAGACUUUUCUGGAGUCCUUGUGAACGAGGCUGACGCCCACAAAUCUAUCUACAAUCUAUUGAAAAAGGGUUCAGAGACCCAGGCCCUCAUUUGCUGUGUCGAAAAGGGUAGUGGAUGCAUUCGGGGCUACCUGCGAAUGAGUUAUGGCGUGGGAGAAACAGUGACCCUUCAACAUUUGAAGGUGCAGCGAGAACACCAGCGUCGGGGCAUAGCCACCUUGAUGCUCGAAGGUGGUUUGCGCCUGGCACGCGAACACCAUGAGUGGUCCUUCAAGCAAAUCAGCUUGAAGGUGUUCUUGCGGAAUCAAAAGGCAUUGGCCUUCUAUGAGAGAAUGGGAUUUCAACACUCGAGGCCCCUCCCAAAGCGACCAAAAUCAGCUCUGGCUGAGUGGAGCCUAAUGAAGAAGGAGAUUUGAGGUAUGGGCUGAAGCCUAGGUGCCCACCAUCAUUAUGAAAAAAUGUACUUUAUAGUAUAGUUUAGUCACUUUCAAAGCGAAUGGAGUCUCACUUGAUUUGAAACAGGAAGCCAACGGAAAA